AUGAUACACUGUGGAAAAAAACAUAUCUGUGCUGCUGUUCCAUGUAUUCUUAUUUUUGCAAGCAUUUUAAUCUGUUCCUGGAAAGAUCUUCACCUCCUGAAAAACACAGCUAGAAAAAUCCUCCACCAGGCAACAACUGCCAGUCCAGCACGUCAGCUGUGUAGAGGAAAACCUGCUCAAAAUAUAAUAACACCAUUAAAAGAUAACAGGACUUUUAUUAUAUCCCCGUACUUUGAUGGCAGAGAAAACAAAGUCACUCGUGUGAUUGGGAUUGUUCACCAUGAAGAUGUAAAACAACUAUACUGCUGGUUCUGCUGUCAGCCUGAUGAGAAGAUCUAUGUAGCAAAAGCGAGAAUUGACGUUCAUUCAGACAGAUUUGGAUUCCCCUAUGGUGCUGCAGAUAUAGUUUGUUUGGAACCGGAAAACUGCGAUCCAACAUACGUAUCGAUUCAUCAGUCUCCCCAGGGAAAUAUCGACCAGCUGCCAAGAUUUGAAAUUAAAAACCGCAAGGCUGAGACAUCUUCUAUUGACUUCACUGUAUGCAUCUCUGCCAUGUUUGGAAAUUACAACAAUGUCUUGCAGUUUAUACAGAGUAUGGAAAUGUACAAGAUUCUUGGGGUACAGAAAGUGGUGAUCUAUAAGAAUAACUGCAGCCAUCUGAUGGAGAAAGUCUUGAAGUUUUAUAUGGAAGAAGGAACUGUAGAGGUAAUUCCCUGGCCAAUAAACUCACACCUCAAGGUUUCUUCUAAAUGGCAUUUUUCUAUGGAUGCAAAAGACAUUGGCUACUAUGGACAAAUC